AUGCCACUUGGCUCUGCAUCGAGACGGCCGUGCCUGCGCGUCCAGUGCCUCUUCCGACCAGGCUCCAACAGCAUCCGACUGCCGUCAUGCCGCAGCUUCUACUCUGACCUGUACGAGAAUGAGGGCCACCUCUUUGACCGGAACCGCGACGAAAAUCGAUCCAGCACAUCAGUCACCUCGCCUUCACCGUUUCAGAACCAGCAUUCGCGCUUCAGCACCAGCCAGCGAUCCGCUUACGAGGUGGAACGUCAGAUGCACAGGAGCAGGAGAGCAGAAGCGUGGCGAUGCGGUUCGGAGCGACUCGCGAUUGGCGCCAUGCUGGCGGCCGUCCGUAAGUCGGUUGGCUGA